AUGCGAAAUGACAGGUUCGUGUGCAGUAUUGCCCACGAAAGGAAGGAAAUAGUACGCCUAAGAAGAUACAGCCUGACUGACGAAACCAGCAUUCCUGCUACUAUCUGCCAAACAGCAUUGGUAACAUCCGCCGCAACGAGCUACUUCGACCCUGCCAGUAUCGUUGGUCGCAGAUUUGCAGCUGGAGGCUUAGGUGCAAACAACCCAGUAGACGAGGUGGAAGUGGAGGCUUCAAAUAUUUGGUGCGCCGAAACAGGAGACCUCAAGCCUCUGAAGGCGAUUGAGGACAACGUACUUGGGCUCCUAUCUAGAAGAGUUGUGGGAAUUACUACACAGACAGACGAGGCCGAGAAAAGACUUAUAGCAAAGUGGCGUCAGCAUCUUAAUGAAAAGCGAUACUUCUGCUUCAGCCAAGGCGCUAUCGAAGCAGCCACAAAUGAAUACCUCAGCCACCUGGCGCAGAAGUUCCGGGUUAGAGACUGCGUUUUAAACCUGAAGCAAAAGCACACAUCUCGUUGUAUAAAGAUUUCUCUCUUCUCUGGGUGCAGGCAACAGACGCUGAAAGCUUCCAGCAAGCCUACCUAG